GUUAUUUCGGCUGGAGCAUUGUAACUGCGGCAUUUGUCACGAAUUCUGCAAAUGGCUGCCUCGUCGGACGCUGUCACCGAUCAAGCACUUCUUGCUGUGUGGACCCGGGCAUGGUGUCUCCAUCAAUUUGCUCCGUUUGCGAAUGUAUUGUUGGGCAUCACAGGUGGAGCAAUCGACAAUUGGCCACUCCAAGGGUCGAUGAAUUGGUUGCAUUGGCACGUCCGCUUCCCAAUUGUACUGUUGGCCUGCGCUUGGCCAACGCCCCAUAUCGCUGUAUUUGCGCAUUUGUGCAACAUCACGUUCUUCUAUCUGGCACUGCCUUUCGUGUGGGAUCAUAUGGUAUGGGCGUCUUUGAGUGAGAUGUUGUUCGUGGUUGCCGUGUUUGCGAGUGGUUGUCCAGGUUUUCCACGAUAUUUCAUCGAUAUGGCAAGAGCGCACACUAUCAUAUCGUAUUUCUGCGCUGGCUUCUGGAAGCUCACCACCUCGUUCCUCGACCCGAAAUAUUCAUGUGGAACUCUGCUCGUUGCCGAGUUGCUUUCCAUAUUACCAGGGCAGCUGUUCGAACCUGGCGGCGGUGUAGCUGAGACGCUGCUGCGGUGGGCCGGCUGGCUGACGGUUGCGGGUGAGUUUGCCAUACCGCUCUCGUUGUUUUUCUUUCCGCGUGUCGGCGUCAUGCUCGCGCUCUCCUUCCACCUUGUGAUCCUCAUGCUCCCCGUGAACGCGGCCGGGGGCUUCUCCCUCUCCUGCGCGACCAUGCUCGUCUUGUUCGUGCCGCGGGGUGCCACGUUGGCCGUCACCUUGCUGUCCGGGUCCGUGGCCGGCGCAGCUGCCGCCGCGGCGGCCGUCGCCGUCGUGUUCUCGGCGCUGGGCGGCACGGCAGACGCCCAUCUCGCCGGGUUCCUCGCCCUGGCGGUGCUGCUCGUGCUCGCCGCCGCCCUAGAGCCGAGGAGCCCAAAUGAUCCCGAGCGUUCCCCAUCUGGGGCCAUGCUCGGCCGCCUCCUCGCUGUCUCGCUUGCGCUGUGCCACGGUAUCGUUGGACCAGUGCUCGGGGUCCAGCAGAUGGCGUCCCUUACCAUCAGGGUUGCAUCCUGCUUCCUCGGGGCUCCUAACCGUGUAUGGGAAUGUCCAGCACUGGGGGCGCUCGAACCACUUGCUUGUGCCGACCGCGUUGCUGCAGGACCUCUUCUGGGACGCUCCCCCCGAAGCGCCCUUCCGGGGCGCCUUCGCUGGCGGAGCGGUUCGCGUGGAUUCUUGGGACCUUCCGCCUGAGCUCUUGCGCACACCCGCGGACGCAGCAGGGCUGGUUCCACCGCGCGUGCGCAAGCUGUUGGCGUCCGUGGGGAACCCUGGCCGCUUCUACGUCCCCUACUACGCCCGCAUGGCAGGCAGCGACUUCUUCGGCGACGUGGUGAGCGGCAACGGCUCGGCAGUAGACGGCCUCAUGAGCUGGCGGCUGCAGCCCUUCGCCGUGCCCGCCUUCGAGCUGAGGCGCCUGCUGGCGCUGGCCCGCGCGCGGGGCGCCCCGUUCGAGCUGCGCUACACGCCGCUGCCGCGCGAGGCGCGCACGCCGGGGCAGUGGGCGCGGCACACGGGCCCGCAGGUGCGGGUGCGGGAGCGUCCCGAGGAGGCCCACGUGCUCUGCGAGGUGCUGGCGCCCGCCCAGCCCGCGAGGCCCUGCGGCCCCGACGAGCUGGCGGCGCUGCCCCCGCCCCCGCCCUGGAUCGGCCGGGUGCUGCUCCAGUACCCGGUGCCGCUGGCGGAGGACAGCGGCGUGGAGUUGCCGUGCAUCAGCUGAGGUGGCUUUUGGCCGUCGAGCCGUCUCAGGAGGGUGCGGGAAGGGUGGUCGGCCAGGCGGGGUGACACCCAACCCGAUCAAGAAAACCAGCCUUCGUGAAAUGACAAG